UGCUUGGGAUUGUAGAGAGAGAGAGAGAGAGAGAGAAAGGGUUGAGUUGAGUUAGGUGGGUGCAGUGCAGGAAACAGAAGAAGGAAGAAGAAGAAGUAGGAGUGAGAUUUGAGAAACAAACGCAAACCUAAACCCCUUGAAUUGAUAAAAAUGGGUUUGUCUUCAAAUUCAAACUCAAACGAAUCGACCGAAAUUUGCAUAUUCGAUUUGAGGAGAGGCCAACACGAAGGUCAGGAACUCGAUAAGAUCUUGUUCUUCUUCCCCGCGGGUUUGCCUUUCUCCAAGCAACUCUCUCUCAUUGGUCUCAGUGAAGGUCUCAUCACUUUCACCAGGAUUUUCUCUCCAGAGGCUGCUUGCGAGGUCAUCGAAGCUGAACGACAUUCUCAUGUGUUUUACGAGCCUGAACCUGAUAUAUGGAUGGUCAUGGUGGUGGAGAAAACCAAUGACACAGAACCUAUAUGGAGAGAUGACGCGUUGCGAAAACUUCUCAAGGAAAUUCACUCACUUUUUGUCAUGUUUCAUGGAUCUAUAAGAACAAUGCUGGACAAAGAACCUGCUGGAGGUCUAAUAAGACGUCAUUUGCAUUCCUUUAUCAUGGAUUAUCUGAGGGCAUGUAAAAAGCCGUCUCCGUCGGAUUAUUGCUGCUGUGGUAAUGAUUUUUUUGCGGGGAAAAAGCUCCUAUUACCUUCAUUCCGUGAUUGCUUAAAGGAAUGUGGAACUGCGCAGAUGUUGACAAUAGGUCGGGAGGCUGCCAUUGAGGUUCAGUCGCUUAUCAGUGUGCUCGAAUCCUCUGCUGGAAACACUGCCUGCUACUCUAUGAUUUUGUUUCAAGACCUGCUGGUGUCUACAACACUAUCUCCUGAUGAUACCAUAAAUUUAUUCACAUACGCUGUGCUAAGGUUGACUCCGCAUGCUCUAUCUUCUGGGGCAAGUUCUUGGUCAUACUUACGGAAAGGAAACACUGCAUCUAAUGUUGCUACGGAGUCUAACGUGGCCCAUCCAAGCACUGUGUCUGAAAGUUUUUAUGGCUCAUCUAAUAUAUCCCCUGGUAUAGAUGACCAUCAUCUUGUUGUGCGUCCCUUACAGCGUGACAAGUGGUCCAAAGGAAAAGAUGGUUAUCUUGUCACUGAUUUAUGGGGUGCAGAGGUUGGUACUUGGGUGUUUGCCACCCCAACAGUUUUGCUUCAACAGACUGGAGAGAGAAUGUAUCUCUGUGCUUAUCAGCAUAGAAGUCUUACUUUGAUGCUUCUCAUUCCUGUAUCUUCCAUACCUAAUGGGGAGCAAGGUGUGUCGGCAGUGAAGCAGCAAGUUCUAGAAAAUGCAUCACUUAAGAUAAUGAAAGUUGAAGAGAAACUAUCCAAAGGAUGGGGUGGUGAGAAUGCGUAUCAUGUCAGCGGGUACCGUUAUUUACUAGUGGAUGGUGAUAGAAAUGUAUCCAGGGCUUCUCCUGCAACAAAAGUCACAACUUUGACUAAGGAGUCCUUGUUUGCUAUGAAUAAGCUCAGACAAGAGGUUGAGUUGGAGAAAAGUUGGGCGAAGCUAGAUAGCCGUAGUAGUGAGAAAGAUCUAGAGGUGUGCAUCAGAGCAAAAAAUAAUGCCUGGGUUAUUUCUCGAGUCACUAGAGGGAAGGAGCUAUACAUUGUUCUAGAGAAAGCUAAUGAAACCCUUCUAUAUGCCUCAGAUGCUGUUGAAAAGUUUAGCAACAGGUAUUGCAGUGGAGCUUUUUCACUGGACUGAGGAAAGGAAACCCAAGUUUUUCGACUGAGGAAUGGCAUGCAUAGCUGCUUUUCUGACCUUGUUUUCCUCAAUAAGGUCCGGAAGUUUUCCACUGUUGAAUUUUCUCACCAGUAAAUUUAAGAAAGGAAGAAAGAGUUCUGUUGUGUGUACAUCUCUCUGUAUAUAUUAAGUGUAAUUUACACUCUCAAGAAUGCCGAAUCAAAUCUUGUAACCAGUAGCUAUUGAAACAAAAUUCUUAAAUUCCGUCGAUUCCCAGAGCAACUCGCCAAUGACAUGGUAUUGGUCUCUUGGAGCUUUUAUUCAAACAAAA